AUCAGAUAUACUCUAUCUCCAUCUGGGCUCACGCGACCGUGCCAUAUUGGGUACGCUCCGAUAUGUAUACUCAGUAUAUAUUCCAUAUACUUGCAUAUCCGACUAUUGCAUGCCGCCACUCGUUGGACUUGGCUUACGGCAAUACCCACCAAGUCUUAAGUAACGUAGGUACCUAACCUAACCUACCUACCUCUUCCUUUCCAUAAAGGUUGGCAGAUUAGUUGCAUAGGACCGCAUAGAAUCAUUGCGGGCAUCGACAACAAACCGAAGGCAGGUGCAGGUUACAUUCCUGGCCUCCUACCAUAGAGCCGCAGCCCAUGGCCGCUGUCGAUGACUGCCCUGGUUCAUACCUCAACCUGAUAACUCAGUAAACCCUUCGUCGCUUCAUCACCUCAGACGCCCACCGCUCCACUGUCCGAACACUAUACGUCUUCGGAGUUUAGAGCCUCCUCCCCAAGCCGCACACCACCUCGAUAUGGAUGAUAUAUCUCAUAGAAGUCAACGCAGCCAUGGAAGAUAUACCGAUUCCUACCACUCUGCCCGAGGUCGAACAUUUGAUCCGAGAGUUGUACAAGCCAAAUCCCGCAGCCAAAAUUGCCCGUAUCCAGGAAGUUCUUCAAGGUCUCCAGAGAUCUCCCGAUGGAUGGCAACUUGCCCAGGGCCUGCUAUCCAGGCCGGAUGGCAACGUCAAAUUUUUUGGUGCCUUGACCAUCAUCGUUAAAUUAAACACUGAAAGCCUGCCGGAUGAGGAUGCCGUCUCGGUGCUUCAACAACUCAUCUCUUGGCUCAUCACCUCCCUGGGAGAUGGAUCACGCGAAUUUGUUCUAAGGAAGCUCUGUUCUGCUUUGGUCACUUACUUUAUUCAUUACUCACACACCUGGACCAAGUGCGUGCGUCACCUGCUGUACUGUCUGGAUACUCAGGCAAGCGUACCAGUCGAGAAUGUAAAGGACGGCGAUACUAUCGAACCUGCUAUUCGAGCGUUGGAUCCCGGCAAGUUCCUCGUCCUCACAUGGUUUGCCACCGUCUUAGCCGAAGAAUCGGAGAAAGUCGAUACCAAAUCGACCAAGUAUAUCUCUCUCCACGAGCGCGUUCUUGAAAAUGGGCGUGAUGUCGUAACCAUCCUAUCUUACAAUUCCUUGCAAGGCCCUGGUGGCGAGCGCUCCCACCCAGCAGACUCGAUAUAUUGUUUACAAGCCUGGCUUCUCUACGCCCAGCGUAACCCGAAGCCUCGGUUGAUACAGCAACUCCAGACGCUAGUCCAGCCUGUUAUCAAUUGCCUUCUGGUCGACGAACUAUAUGAAGCAGCGGUUGAGCUUCUUACCGACGCCCUAGCCAACUGGCAGUCGUUCUUUCUCCGCGAUCAUUUUGAAUCUCUAUACUCUGUCUUCGAGAGUCAAUGGUCUCGGCAGAAGUAUCUAGCCCUCCUCCAGGCCGAUUUUGAUUUCGACUCGGUUCAGUUUGGCCUGUUUAUGCUGGCCUUCGGGGACGCCCAGAUGGUUGAAAUGAUGGACAGCACUAAUGAAAGAGCGCAAGGUUUCCUUACCAGCCUCGCCCUCCUAUUGAGCGCCGAGGGCCACCCCGUUGCCGAAGAUAAGAUAUUUGUUCCUGCUCUCGAAUUCUGGUCCGCCUUCGUCGAAAACCUGGUAGACACUCUGUACACCGAGCCUACAGGUAAAUUACAAUGGGAUAUCCCACCCCUGUCGCAGAUUAUGCGUGUCGUCUCGUAUAGCUGGCAGAAAAUACAGUAUCCGCCACUUGACGUUUACAACUCGUGGGACUCGACGGAGAGAGUCGGAUUUUCAGAGGCGCGAAAAGAUGUUGCGGAUUACCUUCAGUCCGUGUACACAAUUUCGGGGAAGUCUCUCGUCUCGAUUUUCGUAGACUUCCUACUACAGGCCUUGAAAAGCUCGGCUUGGGCUGAGCUCGAAGCUGCGAGCUUCUGCUUAGGUGCGCUGUCCGAUUGUGUGUCGGACGGGACCUCAUGUGACGAGCUUCUGACUUGUGUAUUCGGGUCUCCUCUGUUCGAUCUCCUACUCCGGGGACAGAAUGACAUACCCAUGCGGGUUAGACAGACAUGCCUCUCGCUGAUAGAGCGCUACUCAGAUUACUUCAGCAACCACGCCGAAUUUCUACCGGGUGCGCUGAACCUGCUCUUCAACGCCGUGGGCGAUCGUCAUCUUACGGUGCCUUCGUCGAAAUCAAUACACAAACUAUGUUCCUCUUGUCGAUCCUUGUUAACGACCGAAGUUAAUGCCUUUCUGGAGCAAUACGGGUCGCUGCGCAGCAACCCCGAGUUUGACUCAUUAGCCGAAGAACGGGUAGUUGGUGCCAUUGCAUCUAUCAUACAAGCAGUUCCCGACCACGCACAAAAGACAACUGCCUUUCAGAGGCUGUUGAUUCUAGUUGGUGUAGAUGUUAAUAGCAGCUUACAUCUCUGUUCUCGGGGAGAGGGAUUCCUCGUAGACCCUAAUGAUCCCGUUAUACCUCGAGCCUACGACAUAGCACAGCACCCAGCAGCACCGGUCUCGGCGGUAGAAGUAUCAUUGCAACUAGCUAUCCGAGCCCUUCGCUGCCUUAGCAACAUCGCAAAGGGGCUUCAGGCCCCCACCGACGGCCCUAUCGAUUUGGAUACCGAGGAUGACGGGUUUCGACCGUCCCCAGACGUGAAUCCGACACAAACACACGUAAAUAUCAUGAACACCCUCGUCCAACUAAAAGAGACCUUCUCAAGCAAUAGCGAGGUAGUCGACGUCAUUUGUUCCAUUCUACGCGCUGGGUUUUCAGAAACCGAACCGGGGCCGUUCGUAUUCCCCCUUCAGAUGGUGACCGAGUUCAUCAUUAACGGUUGGCAAACCCGUAUUGCAACUGUGGUAAAUACAGCAAGCGUCUUCGUGACGUCUCUAAGUAAUGGAGGGCAAAAGAAGCAUGCCGGCGAGAUCCUUGGGCAGCUUUUGCCGUGGAUCUUCAAUAUCCUACAUCAACUCUCAGGCCCCGAGCAAGAUCCUGAGCUGGCGCAAUACGGCCUCGAGUUUGUCCAGAGGGUGAUGGCCCAACGCCCGGAAAUUCUCAUGUCCCAGCCUUCGAAUAUGCUUGAAUUCCUCUUCUUAUUUGCCCUCAAGCUACUAAACGGGAGCGAGCCAUUGCCGAAGUUGGCAGCGACGGAGUUUUGGACAACGUUCAUCACGCUCAAGACAGAUGAUCCACAUACCCAGGCCAUCGUCGACACCGCGAUGUCUUACCUGGGGCCGCAACUGUCGCAGUCGCUCGUACAGAACAUCGGUGGCAAGGCAUCAAGGAGCGAGCUGGAUAAACUCAGCGAUCCACUUAAGAAGUUGGUAGUGCAGCAUGUUGGCGCGCGCCAAUGGCUUGAGGCAGCCCUGAACGACCCGUCGUUUCCUAGCGAUAAGGUAUCGGAGGAGGACAAGGCGUUAUUCCUCAAGAAGAUCAUCAGUCUCCGGGGUCAGCGCGCCACCAGCCAAGUCGUCCGCGAUUUCUGGCUGGCCUGUCGGGGCUCGAGUUUCGCGUACGUUUCGUGAAGGGCCCGACCGGUCAAGAACGGCGUGUCGGUGGUAUCUGCUAAGCUUCGCGGCCUAUGGCGUGGCUGCAAUCGAACUAAAUCGAAAAAGGUCCUUCCCCCCCCCUCAUAAGGGUUAUCAAGCCGCUAGGACUAUUGUUCGCGAUCUCAUGAUACGGCCCAAUGCGAUUCGGUGCGGCGAGAUAUUAUAAUGCGACGCCACGGGUGACGAGCUCUUCUCUGACGAAGUAGGCGUCAGCGUAGUUAGGUGGUGUGGUUGGCGUCGUGCUCUUGUUGGUACAGAUAGGGACGGUAGCUGGUUAAUGAUAAUGCGUUUUACCUCUAAUCGGCUUUUAUAUUUCCGAGUUAUGUAUCUCGAAUGUAGGUGUGCCG